AUGGCAGAUUUUGCAGACACCCUGAUAAAGAAUUUGGGUCUACACGCGGCACCUAGAUUAUCCUCUUCUGUCAAUUUGACGGAUAGGCUUGGUAACCUUGGCGAUACGUUACGAUAUGCACGCUCCUCUUUGUCACUUGCUUCUCUCAGCCAAGCUCUGAUCGGCAACAACAAUAGUACAACAGCAGCAGCAACAACAACAACAACGACGACAACCAAAUCUGCAACCGAUGACAAUGCAGCAUCGUCAACGAGCCACGAUUCCAUUUUGCCACCAGCACCAGAGCAGGCACAGGGUCGAUUGUGGAUCAACUUGACAGAGGCUCGCAACUUGACAGUGCUUGAUCCCACCAAAGCUGAUAUCUACGGCCUUGUUCAAUAUGAUAAAAACGUCAUGUCCACUAUUGAUUUACCAGCAUUGGGUGGCGAUGAUAAUGACAGUUCUCCAGGGCAACCUAUUCCCAUACCCAAUGCAUCGACAUCAGGGCGACAUUUGGAUAUAUUCCAGUUGGCCAUGGAAGCGAGUUGUCCAAAAUGGCGUUACAAUGCAAACUUUGAUGUAUGCAAUGAUGAUGAUGAGCUCAUUAUCCAAGUUUACGAUCGUGGCAAUCGACUGGCUAAUGGCGAUGAUCGCUUCCUUGGUCAAGCAAUCUUGAAGCCGUGCCUGACACCAAAAAAGAUGGUUGAUCAUUGGUAUCGCCUUGUAUCUCGAGCGGAUGAAGCAUCACAGGAGUUUGACGGCAAAGUGACAGGCGAAAUUCGAUUGCAGACACAGUACACAUCCGUUGCACCCACCAAGUUGACCCCUGACAUGUUUCGUAUUGUACGGCUUUUGGGACAUGGAUCAUUUGGAAAGGUUUACCAGGUGGUGAAGCGAGAUACCAAGCGGACGUAUGCAAUGAAAGUUCUUUCAAAACGAUUGUUGAUUUCUCAAAAUGAGGUGACGCACACCAUUUCGGAACGCAAUGUUAUGAUCCGCACCUUGUCCAACCCAUUCAUUGUCACGCUCAAGUUCAGUUUUCAAACAUCCGAUCAUCUAUUUCUGGUAAUGGAUUAUAUCCCUGGAGGCGAACUAUUCUCGUAUUUGCAAAGAGAGCAAUAUCUCAAUGAGGAGCGAGCUCGAUUCUACGUGGCAGAGUUAAUAUGCGCAUUGGAGCACAUCCAUAAGCAUCAGGUGGUCUAUCGUGAUCUCAAGCCCGAAAACAUCCUACUUGAUGCACAAGGACAUGUUGCUUUGACCGAUUUCGGAUUAUGCAAAGAGCUCAAACGUGACAAUGAUACAACAAUGACGUUUUGUGGCACAUCAGAAUACCUUGCACCUGAAAUGGUGCGUCAAGAGCCAUAUACACAAGCUAUUGACUGGUGGAGUUUGGGUAUUCUACUAUACGAAUUACUUACUGGUGGUCCACCUUUCCAUUCGGUCCAUCUCGAUAUCCUCUAUCGUCGAAUCUGCAACGCUCCUCUCAAGUUCCCUUCUCAUCCCAGCGUAUCAUUAGAAGCCAAGGAUCUCAUUACACGCCUUCUUGAUCGUAAUCCCGAUACACGUCCUGGUGCAGAGGAGAUCAAACAACAUCCAUUUUUCAAAGACGUUCAAUGGGACUUGAUCGCCAACAAACAAGUGAGACCACCUUUCAAGCCUGUACUUGCCAACCAACAACAACCCAACAAUACAAGCAGCAAUAUGAAGCAUGCUCCUUCCUUCUUAAUCAAAACAGCUGCUGGUACAUCAAGGUCAUCGCCAUUGAGUCAAUCAGCAUUCAAAGGUUUCAGCUACGUUCGUGAUGAUGCUGCCAGUAUUGCCAGUCGUCGCACUGUUGCAUCCUCACUUUUCUCGGAUGAAGACGACGAGGAUGACUGGGUAUAG